AUGUCUCAGUAUCUGUCUCCCACAAUGAAAUACAGAUGCAAGAGUAUUCUAUACACAAUCGAAAGACCGUUCAAGAAUCUCACUGUCCGAGCAAGAGUUCUCCAGAUCUGUAGACUCAGUCUCUCUGUAUUAGUUAUGACUUUGGUGCUGGUACAACUGAUUGGCCCGUUUUUAAACCCAACCAAAAUCUACCUUGCUCGGCUGGAGUGUUCUCAUGUGGAUCUUUCAAAUGGUCUAUUUAAUACUUUGAGAGACUCUGUGAGUACCAAUUCAGAAGAUCUCUCUGGACAAUUAGGCCCCGGAUUGACUGCUUCUGAGAUCAAGCUGUUAUCAGCCUACGCCAUGAAACAAGUAGAAGACGCUCCUCAGUUCAUACUGUCCAACCUAUUAAACUGGUGCUUUGGUACGUAUAAUAAUCAUUCACUCAUCGAUCAGCAUUAUCAUGAAAAUAGAAUCACUUCGAUGCAGUGUACCAAAAAAGACUUCAAUUACAACUUUGAUUAUAGAGGAGAGCUCUCUUCCGUCGGUCUUCAAAUUAUUUUGUCUUAUGCCUAUAAGUUAGAAACGAAGAUAACGUCCCCUAAUGAUCAAUAUACUCCUGACAAGAAAUAUUUCUCCACCAUUCAAAAAAGACAGUCUCUGAACAAGUUGGCGACUGCUUUGUUGUUAUUGGGAAUAUGUCUACAGUUUGUUCUGCUGGUGUCUGCCCUAGUAAUGUAUUCGCACCGUGGAUCUGCAAGGGAUGACAAGAGUGUCAACAUCAAUUUUAGGAGUUUUCUGAGCAGUAUAGCCAUUGGCUCUUUUGCAAGUCUGGCAACUGCUAUCAUUGCACUGCUAGUCAUGUAUUCAAAUAUUUCUCAAGAUGUGGAGAAUGAAUUGAGUCAGUUUGGCCUUUCAGUUCAUUUGGGUCCUGUGUUUUUCAAAGUGGGAUGGGUCAUAGUUUCGGCUUCCUGUUUGUUGGCAUUUUUGUGGGCUUUUCCAACUUGGUGUGGAGCACCAACUCGUAAAGCUGAAAACCCUGAUACAAAGGCGAAUGAAAAGCCAGCACAGCUACUUUUUCCUAGUGAUGAACAUUCAUACAGAGACUCCCUGGGUACAUCAGUGGACAUUUCCUUAGACGAGCGACUCCAAUACCAAUACCCCACAGUACCAGUAGUUACAACAACUUUGCCAUCUUAUUCAAAGGGAUUUGAAGACAACGAUUACUCUCUCAUUGAGAACAGAAAGAAUAGUAGGAGCCUGGUGUAA